GGGCCCGUGGAGCGCGCGGCCGGUCCUCGGCCGCGGCCCUCGGCAGCGCCACCAUGUACUCGGGAGCCGGCCCCGUUCUUGCUUCUCCUGCUCCGACAACAUCACCCAUCCCAGGAUAUGCCUUCAAGCCUCCACCUCGGCCGGACUUCGGCACCACUGGGAGAACAAUCAAACUACAGGCCAAUUUCUUUGAAAUGGACAUCCCCAAAAUUGACAUCUAUCACUAUGAAUUGGACAUCAAACCUGAGAAAUGCCCUCGGAGAGUGAACAGGGAAAUAGUGGAGCACAUGGUCCAGCACUUUAAAACCCAGAUCUUCGGGGACCGGAAGCCAGUGUUUGAUGGAAGAAAGAAUCUGUACACAGCUAUGCCCCUUCCAAUCGGCAGGGACAAGGUGGAACUGGAGGUCACGCUGCCUGGAGAAGGCAAAGAUCGCAUCUUUAAGGUAUCCAUCAAGUGGGUGUCAUGCGUGAGCCUGCAGGCAUUACAUGAUGCACUUUCGGGGCGGCUGCCCAGCGUCCCCUUCGAGACGAUCCAGGCCCUGGACGUUGUCAUGAGGCACUUGCCAUCCAUGAGGUACACUCCUGUUGGCCGUUCCUUCUUCACUGCAUCUGAAGGCUGUUCCAACCCUCUGGGUGGGGGCAGAGAAGUCUGGUUUGGCUUCCAUCAGUCCGUCCGACCUUCUCUUUGGAAAAUGAUGCUGAAUAUUGAUGUAUCUGCAACAGCGUUUUACAAGGCACAGCCAGUGAUCGAAUUUGUUUGUGAAGUUUUGGAUUUUAAAAGUAUUGAAGAACAACAAAAACCUCUGACAGAUUCCCAAAGGGUAAAGUUUACCAAAGAAAUUAAAGGUCUAAAGGUGGAGAUAACGCACUGUGGUCAGAUGAAGAGGAAGUACCGUGUCUGCAAUGUGACCCGGCGCCCUGCCAGUCACCAAACGUUUCCACUGCAGCAGGAGAGUGGGCAGACAGUGGAGUGUACAGUGGCCCAGUACUUCAAGGACAGGCACAAGCUGGUUCUGCGCUACCCCCACCUCCCGUGUUUACAAGUUGGGCAGGAGCAGAAACACACCUACCUUCCUUUGGAGGUCUGUAACAUAGUUGCUGGACAGAGAUGUAUAAAAAAAUUAACAGACAAUCAGACCUCAACCAUGAUCAGAGCAACUGCCAGGUCAGCACCGGAUCGGCAAGAGGAGAUCAGCAAAUUGAUGCGAAGUGCAAGUUUCAAUACAGACCCAUAUGUUCGUGAAUUUGGAAUCAUGGUGAAAGAUGAGAUGACAGAUGUGACUGGGCGGGUCCUGCAACCGCCCUCCAUUCUCUACGGGGGCAGGAACAAAGCAAUUGCCACCCCUGUCCAGGGUGUGUGGGACAUGAGAAACAAGCAGUUCCACACAGGCAUUGAGAUCAAGGUGUGGGCCAUCGCCUGCUUCGCACCCCAGCGCCAGUGUACAGAAGUCCAUCUCAAGUCCUUCACAGAGCAACUGAGGAAGAUCUCAAGAGAUGCUGGGAUGCCUAUCCAGGGUCAGCCCUGCUUCUGUAAAUAUGCACAGGGUGCAGACAGUGUGGAGCCCAUGUUCCGACACCUGAAGAACACUUACGCUGGUCUCCAGCUGGUGGUGGUCAUCCUGCCUGGCAAAACUCCUGUGUAUGCGGAAGUCAAGCGUGUGGGAGACACCGUGCUGGGGAUGGCCACACAAUGCGUCCAGAUGAAGAACGUGCAGAGGACCACGCCACAGACCCUAUCCAAUCUCUGUUUAAAGAUCAAUGUCAAACUGGGAGGUGUCAACAACAUCCUGCUGCCACAGGGCAGGCCUCCAGUGUUCCAGCAACCUGUCAUCUUCCUGGGAGCCGAUGUCACCCACCCACCAGCUGGGGAUGGGAAGAAACCUUCGAUUGCUGCCGUCGUGGGCAGCAUGGAUGCACACCCCAACCGUUACUGUGCCACCGUGCGCGUACAGCAGCACCGACAGGAGAUCAUCCAGGACUUGGCUGCUAUGGUGCGUGAGCUCCUCAUCCAGUUCUACAAGUCCACCCGUUUCAAGCCCACCCGCAUCAUCUUCUACCGAGACGGCGUCUCCGAGGGCCAGUUCCAGCAGGUUCUCCACCAUGAGCUCCUGGCCAUCAGAGAGGCCUGCAUAAAGCUGGAGAAGGACUAUCAGCCAGGGAUCACGUUCAUCGUGGUGCAGAAGCGGCACCACACACGCCUCUUCUGCACAGACAAAAAUGAGCGGGUUGGAAAGAGUGGAAACAUUCCAGCAGGCACAACUGUAGACACAAAGAUCACCCACCCGACUGAGUUUGACUUCUACCUGUGCAGUCAUGCUGGCAUCCAGGGGACAAGCCGUCCUUCCCACUACCACGUGCUUUGGGAUGACAAUCGUUUUUCUUCUGAUGAGCUGCAGAUUCUGACCUACCAGCUGUGUCACACCUAUGUGCGCUGCACACGCUCUGUGUCAAUACCUGCGCCAGCUUACUAUGCUCACCUGGUGGCCUUCCGAGCCAGGUACCACCUGGUGGAUAAAGAACAUGACAGCGCCGAAGGAAGCCAUACCUCUGGGCAGAGCAACGGGCGAGAUCACCAGGCGCUGGCCAAGGCGGUCCAGGUCCACCAGGACACACUGCGCACCAUGUACUUUGCUUGACAUGUUGUAUUGUUUAGCGAUUGUGUACCAAGUUGGAUUCACACGAGACCAGCUACACUCAGACCAACAGAUGCCCAGCCCUUCCGUGACAGCCAGCAUCGAACAUGAGACGUCUUUGGUUUUAUUAGAUCCUCCAUUUUCCAGAAUGCCUUCCGUCCCAGAUUUCAGACUUGGAUUUUGAGCUGCAGGCCUGUAUGAGACCCCAGUGUAGGAAACGUGGUUUGCCAAACCUAUAAGCUGCUCACUGAGAGUCCCGUUUCCUAAAAACAAACAAACAAACAAACAAAAACAAAACAACAACAAAAUGUCCUAAAACCAGUCUAUGAACUCUCAGGGCUUUAAAACACUUUAAUUUAUUUGGUCAUUCGAUUUACUUGUUUUUAACACCUGAUUCUCAAUGAAGUCGAUGGGCUCAAACUAGCUGUGAAGGCUCUGAGCGUGAAAGAAACACCGUUACCAUUGGGGUUUUAAAGCCUGGCCCUAAGAAGUUGUCACUAAUGUUGAGUUCUAAGGGAUGCCAUGUGCCCUGCAGCCCCAGGGCGUAUGGCUGCUAGGUAUCCACAGUGUCUCUCACCGGCCACUGCCUGCCCUUGAGGCCUGAAUGAAGGCAUAGUGGCCAAGGGGAUGGUCACGUGUGUGACAAGCCCGAGAGAUUGGCAGACAAGUGCCAUUUUGAUAAAAAUUUAUUUAAAAAGAAAAAAGACAAUAUACUGACAGUCUAAUCAUAAGAUUUGUCCUGUAGGACUGUGACAUUUAUUUUCCAAAGUUUCUAAAGAAUACGGGUCUGUGGUGAUAAAUACAGUACAAUCCUUUUUCACUGUUAUGUCUUUAAUGUAAGAGAAGAAUAUAUGUAUCUGGUUUGCAGUA